AUGGAGCGCGGCGGCUGCUCGGGGGGCGGGAGCAGCGGCGGCGAGGGCGGCCGCGGUUCCCGGGAGGGCCCGGCGGGGAACGGCCACGACCCGAGCCACGGCCGCGCGGCCCAGGCACCCGGGGAAGGGCAGGCGGCCGCGUCCUUACUGGCCCCCAUGGACCUGGGGGAGGAGCCGCUGGAGAAGGCGGCGCACGCCCGCACGGCCAAGGACCCCAACACCUACAAGGUGCUCUCGCUGGUAUUGUCAGUCUGUGUGUUAACAACAAUACUUGGUUGUAUAUUUGGGCUGAAACCAAGCUGUGCCAAAGAAGUUAAAAGUUGCAAAGGUCGCUGUUUUGAUAGAACAUUUGGAAACUGCCGCUGUGAUGUUGCUUGUGUUGACCUUGGAAACUGCUGUCUGGAUUACCAGGAGACGUGUAUAGAACCAGAACACAUAUGGACUUGCAGCAAGUUCAGGUGUGGUGAGAAAAGAUUGCCCAGAAGCCUUUGCUCCUGUUCGGAUGACUGCAGGGACAAGGGUGACUGCUGUGUCAACUAUAGCUCUGUGUGCCGAGGAGAGAAGAGUUGGGUAGAAGAAACAUGUGAGAACAUUAAUGAGCCAAAGUGUCCAGCAGGGUUUGAAGCACCUCCUACCCUCUUAUUUUCUUUGGAUGGCUUCAGGGCAGAAUAUUUACACACUUGGGGUGGCCUUCUUCCUGUUAUUAGCAGACUAAAAAACUGUGGAACAUAUACCAGAAACAUGAGACCAGUAUAUCCAACAAAAACUUUUCCCAAUCACUACAGCAUUGUCACUGGACUUUAUCCAGAAUCCCAUGGCAUAAUUGACAAUAAAAUGUAUGAUCCCAAGAUGAAUGCUUACUUUGCACUUAAAAGUAAAGAGAAAUUUAAUCCUGAGUGGUACAAAGGAGAACCAAUUUGGAUCACUGCUAAAUAUCAAGGCCUGAAAAGUGGUACAUUUUUCUGGCCAGGAUCAGACGUGGAAAUUAAUGGAAUUUUCCCAGACAUCUAUAAAAUAUAUAAUAGUUCAGUACCAUUUGAAGAAAGGAUUUUAGCUGUUCUUAAGUGGUUGCAGCUUCCUAAAGAUGAAAGACCACACUUUUACACUCUGUAUUUAGAAGAACCAGAUUCUUCAGGUCAUUCAUAUGGACCAGUCAGCAGUGAGGUCAUCAGAGCUUUGCAGAGGGUUGACAACAUGGUUGGCAUGCUGAUGGACGGUCUAAAGGAGCUGAACUUGCAUCAGUGCCUGAACCUCAUCCUCGUUUCAGAUCAUGGCAUGGAACAAGGCAGUUGCAAGAAAUAUGUGUAUCUGAAUAAAUAUUUGGGAGACGUUAAAAAUAUUAAAAUUGUAUAUGGACCUGCCGCUCGCUUGAGACCCUCUGAUGUCCCGGAUAAGUACUUUUCAUUUGAUUAUGAAGACCUUGCCAGAAAUCUUUCCUGCCGGGAGCCAAACCAGCACUUCAAACCUUACCUCAAGCAUUUCUUACCGAAGCGUUUGCACUUUGCCAAAAACGACAGGAUUGAGCCCUUGACAUUCUAUUUGGAUCCUCAGUGGCAACUUGCAUUGAAUCCUGCAGAAAGGAAGCAUUGUGGAAUUGGAUUCCAUGGUUCUGACAACAUAUUUUCAAAUAUGCAAUCUCUCUUUAUCGGCUAUGGACCUGGCUUCAAGCACAGCAUCGAAGUUGACUCUUUUGAAAGUAUUGAAGUCUAUAAUUUAAUGUGUGAUUUACUGAAUUUGUCACCUGCUCCUAAUAAUGGAACUCACGGAAGUCUUAACCACCUUCUAAAGAAUCCUGUCUACACCCCAACGCAUCCCAAAGAAGCCCACCCCCUGGCACAGUGCCCCUUCACAAGAACGCCCAGACAUAACCUUGACUGUUCAUGUGAUCCCUCCGUUUUGCCGGUUGUGGAUUUUGAGAUACAGUUGAAUUUGACUGUGGCAGAAGAGAAGGUUAUUAAGCGUGGCACUGUACCCUAUGGAAGACCCAGAGUUCUCCAGAGGGACAGCACAGUUUGCCUUCUUUACCAGCACCGGUUUGUGAGUGCUUACAGCCAUGACAUCCUGAUGCCCCUUUGGACAUCCUACACUGUCAACAGAAAUGACAGUUUCUCUACAGAAGACUUUUCCAACUGUCUCCACCAGGAUCUUCGAAUUUCCCUCAAUCCUGUCCAUAAGUGUUCGUUUUAUAAAAAUAAUGCUGAACUGAGUUACGGGUUCCUCUACCCACCACAACUAAAUAAAGGUUCAAGUCAACUAUAUUCUGAAGCAUUGCUUAAUACUAACAUAGUGCCAAUGUACCAGAGUUUUCAAGUUAUAUGGCACUAUUUUCAUGGCACCCUACUGCACAGGUAUGCAGAAGAAAGAAAUGGUGUCAAUGUUGUCAGUGGCCCUGUGUUUGACUCUGAUUAUGAUGGAUGCUAUGAUUCCUCAGAGACCCUGAAGCAAAACAGCAGACGCAUCCGUAAUCGAGAAAUUCUGAUCCCGACUCACUUCUUCAUUGUGCUAACAAGUUGUAAAAACACAUCCCAGACUCCCUCACAGUGUGGAGAUUUAGACACCUUAGCUUUCAUUUUGCCUCACAGGACUGACAACAUUGAGAGCUGUGUGCAUGGGAAGCAGGACUCCUCGUGGGUUGAAGAGUUACUGAAGUUACACAGAGCUCGGAUCGCAGAUGUCGAACACAUCACUGGACUCAGCUUCUAUCAAGAGAGAAAAGAGCCAAUCUCAGACAUUUUAAAGUUGAAAACACAGUUGCCAACUUUUAAUGAAGAAGACUGAUAUUUUUUAUUCCAAAAAACACAUCAUAAAUGUUUUUGAAAGAACCUUCUAUUUUAUACAGCCCUCUGUUCACGCUGUCGCGUUGUUUGGAAACUGUCGACCAGAGUUAGAGCUGAGAAUCCUCUGUGAUACGACCGUCUCAGGGAACCCUGUGGCCUCGGCCUGGCAGUAGGAAAAUGUUCUUCUUGAGUCUCGCACAUGUUUGAAUGUGUCAGAAUCGUUCCGAUUUGGGAAAUAAAGACAGACCAUACCUAAAA